UGAAGCAUCAAUCACGCAGAAAAUCCCAAAACAUGCAGAUGAUGCCUAUAAAUGAGACGGCAUAAACCUCAGCCCUCAAGACAAAAGGCCAAAUGUUGACUUCACUUUGCUUCAUCUCUCUCUUCCUCUCUGUCUUUCCCUCUUUGGUAUCCCCUGCCUUACUGUUCCAGGGUUUCAACUGGGAAUCAUGCAACAAGGCAGGUGGAUGGUACAACUUUCUCAAGAACUCCGUCUCUGAUAUUGCUAACGCUGGUGUUACACAUGUUUGGCUCCCUCCACCAUCGCAGUCCGUUGGGCCCCAGGGAUACCUGCCAGGAAGGCUGUAUGAUCUUGACGCAUCAAAGUAUGGAUCUCAGGCAGAAUUGAAGUCAUUGAUUGAUGCUUUCCAUCAAAAAGGAGUCAAGUGUGUUGCUGACAUAGUAAUAAACCAUAGAACAGCUGAGAGGAAAGAUGGAAGAGGUAUAUAUUGUAUUUUUGAAGGUGGAACCCCAGAUGACCGUUUAGAUUGGGGGCCAUCCUUCAUUUGUGGCGAUGAUAAGGAGUAUUCGGAUGGCACAGGCAAUCCUGACACUGGACUGGGUUACCAGCCUGCUCCUGACAUUGAUCAUCUCAAUCCAAGGGUACAAAAGGAAUUAUCGGAUUGGAUGAAUUGGUUAAAGACUGAAAUUGGAUUUGAUGGAUGGCGUUUUGAUUUUGUAAGAGGCUAUGCCCCAAGCAUUACCAAAAUCUACAUGGAUCAAACUUCACCAGAUUUCGCUGUUGGGGAGAAAUGGGAAAACUUUUCUCUUGGACAAGAAGAUUCACAUCGCGGUGCACUAAAAGAUUGGGUUGAAGCGGCCGGUGGGGUUGUUACAGCAUUUGAUUUCACUACAAAAGGGGUUCUCAAUGCUGCCGUGCAAGGGGAGUUAUGGCGGUUGAAGGACUCGAAUGGUAAACCUCCAGGAAUGAUUGGACUUUUACCUCAAAAUGCUGCUACUUUCGUCGACAAUCAUGACACCGGUUCCACCCAAAAUCAAUGGCCCUUCCCAUCUGACAAAGUCAUGCAGGGAUAUGCUUAUAUUCUCACCCAUCCUGGCGUCCCCUCCAUUUUUUACGAUCACUUCUUUGAUUGGGGUUUGAAGGAUGAGAUUAGUAAACUGGUGGCGAUCAGGAACAGGAAUGGGAUCAGUACCUCAAGCACGGUUAAUAUUCUGGCUUCUGAUUCCGACCUUUACAUGGCAUCUAUUGAUGAGAAAAUUAUUAUGAAGAUUGGACCAAAGAUGGAUCUUGGAAACCUUGUUCCUUCUAACUACCAGCUUGCUACCUCAGGGAACGACUAUGCAGUAUGGGAGAAGAAGUGAAAAAAUUUGAAAGAACACACAAAAAAAAAAAAGGGGAAAGCAAAUUGGUCAUCCGAUGAUGUUCUAAAAGAGUUGUCAUUUCUGUUGAGAAGUAAUACUUCAUUGCAUGCAGCAAGUGUUUGACUCUUAAUUAAGUUUGUUUUCUUAGUUUGUUACAGUUUGCUUCGUUGUACUAUAAUUAAAAGUCUUGAGCUGUCCCUUACGUGUGAGUAUGCAUGAAAUCUAGAUUUAACACUUGUUAAAUAUGUUUACAAGUGUUCUUCAUGUAAACAGGGUAUAUAAGCCUUGUAUUAUCUCCUCAAUUUAUGAAUAAUAUGGUCCUACCUUCAUUCUUUCUU